AUGUCCUGGUUUGGAUCAUCCACAUCGGCACUUCAGCUAGAACUAGACAACAAAAUAUCUGAAGCAACCUCAGAAACUAUCCCCAAUGGAGAAAUUGAUCUAUCCAUAGCUUUGGAAAUCACUGAUUUCAUUAGAUCCAAAAAAUUACCUGCUCAAGCGUGUAUGAGAAGCUUGAAGAAGCGGUUAAACAUGGUUUAUUCAAACCCCAACUUGAUUACUAGUACCUUGAAGUUAAUCGAUUUAUGUGUCAAAAAUGGGGGGUUCCAUUUUCUUGUUGAAUUGAGUUCACGAGAAUUUAUUGAUUACUUGAUUGAUUUUAUUUUCAAAAUCCAUUACAAUGUUCAAGAAAGCAUGGUAAAACAAGAUGAAUCAAAGUACAAUGUAGGGGAGUAUAUUUUGGAGUUGCUUAAAUCUUGGUAUAUUGCGUUCAAGGGACAAUUACAAUUAAAUUAUGUGGAGAAAAAGUAUCAAGAAUUGGCUAAUGAAGGUUAUCAGUUCCCAUCGGUUAAUGAUUCAGUAAUAGAUUCGAAAUAUGUUGAUUCUGAAGUUCCACCUGAUUGGAUUGACUCCGAUUCAUGUAUGAUUUGUUAUACGCCAUUUUCAAUGUUGAAUAGAAAACAUCAUUGCCGUGCCUGUGGUGGCGUGUUUUGUCAAGAUCAUUCAGGAAACAGUACAACCUUGGUAAAUUUGGGAAUUAUGGAGCCAGUCAGAGUUUGUGAUAACUGCUAUGCUAAACAGAAACAUAAAUCGAAAGGGAAAGCUACUGGUGAAGGAAGAAGAAAGUCAAGAGGUGGAGUCGAGGAGGGGGCAGAGGAUGAAGAUGAGCAAAUGAGACGGGCGAUUGAGUUGAGUUUGCAGGAUAGUGGUGUGCAAGUUGAACCUCCAAGGGAAUCGCCAAGAGCUUCUAGUGGUGCUAACAACAAUGAAGAAGAAGAUGAGGAAUUGAAAGCAGCCUUAGCGGCAAGUUUAAGAGAGUAUGAGCAAUCACAGCCGCAGACACAGCAACCACAACAACAUCAGCAACAGGGUACUGGAACUUUUGAGAAUCCAUUCGAGAACGAGGCACAGCAACCAGCUUCUGAUGUUUACAACAUUGAUUUUGCAUCAACCUCUAAUUAUCAGCGCCCUCAAUUUGGCGCAACACAAGGUCAAUUUCAACCACAACAGCAACAACAGUUCAGACCACCAUCAUCGCAACAGUCUCAACUUCAGGAUCUUUCACAAGCUGAAGAGGAACAAAUCAAUCUAUUUAUCACCUUGAUGAACAAUGUACGCAAUGAUCCAAAGAAACAGGCCAAUAUUAUGUAUGACCAAAACUUGAAUGAAUUACAUUCUCAAGUAAUACGAUUGAAACCAAAAGUCAAUCGGUCAUUACGUGAGGCCAUGAAUAAAUACAGUCAAUUUUUGGAAAUGAGUAAUAAACUAAGUACCAUUACUCGCUUAUAUGAUCAAUUUUGGGAGCAGAAACUUAACGCCGGUAUCAGUAAUGUUGGCUUCAAUAACGAAUAUCCAUCAUAUCCUCUGGUUGGGUAUCCAGCCUACCCAAGACAAUCUUCGAGUCAGCAGCCAAUCAGUCAACAGACAAGUGGGGUUGCAUCUGCUCAGCAAAUUCCAUAUUCGCAGUUUAGUGGCCAAGCUCCAUCAGAGCCCAAUUUUGGAGCCAUAUACCCUUCAGAGGUACCGCAAGAUGAUCCAUAUAGUCAACCAACAGAACCAAACUUAGAAGAUGAGGAAGAACAACAACAGCCACAGCCACAGUCGCAGUCGCAGCAGCAAAGACGUAAGUCGUCACAUCCUGUUUAUCCGACAAGUGACAUUCUUCCAGAUUUAGGUGACAGUGACCAAGAAAAGAACAGCACUCAUAACAAUAACAGUGAUUAUGUGACUGUGUCAUUACCUCAUUAUCCUCCACCAGAAGACUUAAGCAAUGACUUGCCCCCACAAUCAUUUAUUCGUCAUGCAACUAGCAAUUUGCCUCCUAAUGCUUAUGAAGCUGCAUCAGCAAAGUAUCCUACGUUGGAUAACGUCGAGGAGGAUUAUGAUAGACAAAAUCCAACUAGAGAACAACGAGAACAACAACAGCAGCAACAACAACAUGGACAUGGGUUGAAUGAACUUCCCCAGUUGCCUAAAAACUUGCCUUCUUUUGAACUAGAAGAGACAAACGAGAGAGAAGCUAGUCAUAGUCGUAAACAGUCACUGUUUGAACCAGAGCCUUUAAUAGAUUUAUAA